UGCUCAAAAUUCAACCUUUUUUCAGAAUGCAGUCCACAAUAUUCGUACUUCUUGUGAUAGCGGCCGUUUCUUUCGCCGCUAUAGAGGAACAUCCCCUCUCCGACGAGUUUAUCAACAGGAUCAACAGCGUCCAAAACUCAUGGACGGCAGGUAGAAACUUCGACAAGGACACUCCCAUCUCCCACAUCAAGGGCCUUCUGGGGGUUCCGGUGGGUUACAAGAGCAGGCUACCCAAAAAGUUGGAGGAGCCCCUCAAAAAUCUGCCAUCCAAUUUUGAUGCCCGUGAACAGUGGCCCGAGUGCAAAUCUUUGGACGUCGUGUGGGAUCAGUCAACUUGCGGUUCUUGCUGGGCUUUUGGAGCUGUUGAAGCUAUGAGCGACAGAAUUUGCAUUCACUCCAAUGGUACCAAGCAGGUUUUACUGUCAGCUAGGGACCUAUUGACUUGCUGCUACAGCUGUGGUGAUGGAUGUGAUGGAGGAUAUCCUGACUCAGCUUGGGAAUACUGGGUUACUGAUGGUAUUGUAACUGACGGAUGCCAGGCAUAUCCGUUCCCAUCCUGUGAACACCACGUGCCAGGAUCCCGUCCGCCAUGUGGGGACACGAAACCUACUCCAGAAUGUAUGAAUGAAUGCGAUGCACCCUCGACAAGGGACUAUACAACGGACCGUCAUUUCGGAAAAUCCGCAUACAUGGUAGACAAUGAGGACACCAUUAAAUCAGAAAUAUACAAAAAUGGUCCAGUCGAAGCAUCAUUCAGCGUUUAUGCUGAUUUCUUGAGCUACAAGAGUGGAGUCUACAAAAACGUAUCUGGCCAGUUUAUGGGAGGACACGCUGUAAAAAUCCUUGGAUGGGGAAUUGAGAAUGGAACCAAAUACUGGUUGGUCGCAAACUCAUGGAAUGAGGAUUGGGGAGACAAAGGAUUUUUCAAAAUCCUUCGUGGAUCAGACGAGUGUGGAAUUGAAGAUGGAGUUGUUGCUGGAAUGCCAGCUUAUUAAUCAAUAUAGUAACAAAUAGUCAUCACUUAUUAUUCAUUUGUCUCAGGUAUAAAAGAAUCAUGAAGUGGUUAUGUUAAAUAAUAAAGCUGGGAUAUUUUAACUGUU